CUAGAAUAAAAGCAGAGACAGAGGAGAAGUGAUUUCUGAUUUCUACUCUUCACUGAUUUCUCUUUUAACAACAUGGGUGCCACGGACGCGUAGGCCUAACGACGCACGACAAUUGCUUGUAAGUCCCGCCUCAGUGGGAACAACGAUGGCCUAUGGUCCUCCAUAGCCCCCCACGUGUCUGAGAAAGCGAAACUUAAGAGCGUUCCUACCUGCACCUGUGAAAUCGUCAGAAUGGCCGAACAGCAGCAGGAACAUGGCGUCGAGUUGGACCACAGUCACUUCUGCUGUCCAGUUUGUCUGGACCUUCUGAAAGAGCCAGUCACCAUCCACUGCGGACACAGUUACUGCAGAUGCUGUAUUGAGGGUUGCUGGGACCAGGAGAGGGAAAGGGGAAAGUACAGCUGCCCACAGUGCAGGGAGCCCUUCCAUCCCAGGCCUGUUCUCCGGAGGAACAACAUGCUGGCUGAGGUUGUGGAGAAGCUGAAGAAGACAAGCACCCAUCAGGCUUCUCCCUCUGCUGCUGUGGCUUGUGCCGACCCAGAAGAUGUCGCCUGCGAUUUCUGCUGUGGGCCCAAACCUACCAAAGCUACGAUGUCCUGCCUGACGUGUUUGGCAUCUUACUGUCCGACCCACCUUGAGCCUCAUUACAGUGUUCCCGUGUUGAAUACACACCAGUUGGUCUCUGCUACAAUCCCACUACAGGAGAAGAUAUGCACUAAGCACAACAAGCUGAUUGAGGUCUACUGUCAGAAAGACAAGACUUGUAUCUGCUAUCUGUGCACUUUAGAUAAGCAUAAGGGCCACCAAAUGACAUCAGCUAUAGCGGAGAGGGCUGAGGAACAGAGACAGCUGAUUGCAAGUCAAAAGAAAGUCCAGGAGAGAGAAAAGGAGAGAAAAAAGGAGCUGAACAAGCUGACCCAAGCACUGAAGGAUUUCAAGAGUAAAACCCAGACUGCAGUGAAGUCCUGUGAUGACAUCUUCGAUGAGCUGAUCUUCUCCAUCAAGAAAAAACACACUUUGGUGACGCAGCUGAUCGAAGCCCGGGAGAAAACUGCAGUGGCUCAGGCAGAGGAGCUGCAGCUGCAGCUUGAGGAGGAAAUCACCAAGCUGAGGAGGAGAGACUCCGACCUGGAAGAACUUUCUCAUACAGACGACCACAUCCAUUUCAUCCAGACUUUCCAGUCUCUCUCCACCUCCUGUGAAUCUCCAGACUUGCCACCUGGAGCUGUUGUUCGACCUCGACAUUCGAUCAAAACUGUGACUGACCGCAUGUCUGAGCUGAGGCAUGGCAUAGAGGAGCUCCUGAAUGACACAUGGUGUAACAUCUCUGCAACAGUGUCUUCUGUAGAUGUUGUACUGCCCCCUGUGCCAAAGACCAGAGAUGAGUUUUUACGCUAUUGCUGUCCUCUAAGACUGGAUAAGAACUCAGUCAACAAAUACCUAUCCCUUUCACAAGAAUUCAGACGGGUGAAUGGUGAAACUUGUGAGAAGCACUAUUCUGCUCACUCAGACAGGUUUAAUGGUGUCAGGCAGGUGUUGUGCAAAGAGGGUUUGUCAGAGCGAUGUUACUGGGAGGUCAGCUGGAGUGGUGGCACUUUGUCGGUGGCAGUGUCGUACAAAGACAUCAGCAGAACAUCGUCAUAUGACUCAGAGUUCGGAAAGAAUAACAAGUCAUGGAGUUUAGACUGCUCCCCAGAUAGUUAUACUUUCCGACACGACACAGGAAGCAUGACAGUGUUUGGUCCUCAAACCUCCAGGAUUGGAGUGUACUUGGAUUAUAAGGCAGGGGUUUUGUCUUUUUAUAGCAUCUCUGACACAAUGACCCUGCUCCACACAGUCCACAACACGUUCACUCAGCCUCUCUAUCCUGGCCUUGGGCUGAAGAGUGGAUCUUGGUCAAGCUGUAAAUCUUAUGCAGAACUGGUGAAGUUGUGGAGAUAAGAUUUAUAUUUAGGCAGGUUCUUUAAGUGUGCCACUGUUGAUCAGGCUGCAGUUGGCCCUCCAAUAUAACUUGACAUCAUAUAAUAGAUGAUGUCUGCCUUGGCCUAAAUUUCAGGCCCUGCUAAAUAUUUUCAGUAUUUUUAUUUGUUGCAGAGUUUUUGUGUCAGUUUACUCUGUAGCUUCAACCAAGCAUUUUGAGUAACAACAGCCAAAGGCUCAAAUGAGAAGUUUCCUGAUUGCAACAGUUAAAACGGUAAAAAGGCUAGAGAGGGGUGUGGUGGUAAACACGUGCUGUUAACUGGUUUGGAGUUUUUUCCUUUCACUUUCAUAGUUGAAACAACCACAAACUAACUGCUACUUGGGGUUUUCAGAUAUUUCUCAUUAGCUGCCAUGUGAGUUUGCUUUCAUUUGUUGUGUUUGGUCUGCCAGCUUUGUGGAAUACCUACAGUUUUGCAAAAAAUUAGUGCUCAGAAAUGUGACACUUGUCAUGUCUUGAUAUGUUGUCAUCUGUUAGUUCAAGCUAUAGUAGCCAUGCAAUAGUUACAUUUUGUUUUAGUAUAUUUAGAUUCCACUGUUUACUUUUUCAGACUUUAGUGGAUAUUACAAUAUAAUUUAAGUUUUGUAUUCAGUACAUUUAGAGCAUAUAUAUACAGACGAUUAUGUUUUAGAUAAUUUUGACAAUAAAUAAAUUAGUAUUCACAGCU